ACGAGAGCGCGUGGCGGUGGCGAAGGCGUUGUUGGGCUUGCGCGUUGCACGCUCUCAGGGCGCGCAACCUGAUCGCACGCACCACCGCAACCUCUCGCUACACCCGUGGCGAGACCAUCAAGAAAUCCCGGGGCCGGCCGUCGUCAUCACCGUCAUCGCACCGUCAUCGAUGUGUGUUGUGAUGGUGUUAGUUCAGUUCCCUGCGCUGGCACUAGGGAUUAUCUCUCGUGGAAACGGCGGUAAGAGGCUGGUAGUUGCCCACCAGAACCCGGCUGCUGAUGCUCGCCGUCGUCGUCGUCGUCGUGUUCGUCGUCGUCACCGUCGUGCUUGUUGUUGCAGCAGCAGCAGCAGCAGCAGGAGCAGCACCAGUGGCAGCAGCAUGGCGAGCUGGUGAGCCGUUAUGUUGACCAACGGCGCAGUGAGCAACGAGUGCUUGGCCGAGGCAAACGCAAAGUUCAAAAACCAUCGUCUCGCGGUGGUCGCUCAGACGGCCACAGUGUUUGGGGCCCGAGACACAAACCGUUAGUCCGGCGUGAACGUGUAAAGUGUGGAGUGAAGUGCCAGAGGGAGAGGUUUGCUGCACGACGACGAAGACGACGAUCGAUCAGAAGCCCACACGAUGGAACGGGCGCUGAGGCGUUAUGUGAAAGUCCACGGGUAUGCCGUCGCCAUGGCUGCCCUAUUUUUUGGGUGCAUCUUUGUGGCCAGCAUUGUCAGCGCGGACCAGCUGAACCGCUCGGCGAAUGCAUAUGCGUUCUUUCGAUCGCGACCGCUCGAACAGCUGAUCUUCUCGAUCGCCUGGAUCGUGGCCGGGAUGAUCUUUCUGCUGGGGUUGAUCUGCGAGCGCAAGGAGGCCAUCUUCCCGUUCGCCACGAUGUUCCUGGUGGAGUGGAGCUUGCUGUUGGUGCAGCUGAUCGGAAAGGUGGAGCACCGGGGUAUCAGCGAGCUGCUCCUGUCCGCCGAAGCGGCCGUCUUUCUCCUGGUGCCCCUGUACGUCGGUUAUACGCUCGUCAUCCUGUACCGCGUGUUCGACAAUCGGUACAAGGAGGAGGAGGACGAUAUCGAGCAGCAGGCUACCCGAUUGCCGGUCAAGUUCUUCUUCGGUGACGAACCGGAUGAUUCGUACAGCUAGUGGCCGUUAUUAGAACCAUUAAGACUCGUACUACCGUUAAGAUCAGUAUGUUAGACUAAUUUAUGGGCACACUCCGCCCCACCGGGGGUGCUGCUGCACUGUGCCGUAAUUCCUGUGUGAGAAUAACCAUUCGAAUGAAAUGAAGUAAAGAUCCUCAUCGCUUAUCGCGAUCGAGGCGACCAUCUGA